UCAUUUCCUCUUCAAUUUGCCAGGAAUUUUCUCUCUCUCUCUCUCUCUCUGGUGUAACUAUAGUGCCGGCGCUUUAAACUUGUGGAAGAGGAAAGUUUGUUUUGGGAGUUGAGCAAAAGGCGGACACGUGCAAGUCAGAGGGGGGGAGUGGCACUGGCUCAGGGAGGAGGAGGGGGUGAGGGGAGCAGUGAUCUACCUCGGCUUGGCUUCCCCUUCAUUCUGAUCCCCAACUCCUCUUCCUCUCUCUCUCACACACUCACACCUUCCACUCUGGAAGAAAUGUUCGGCGGAGAUGGGACUGUGCCUGGGAUCCGAGAGCAUUGCCGAGGAAGGACAGGCCCGGCUCCGCAGUGAGAAGAUUGACCGUGCCCUGUAUGAAUGUGCCAAACAGGAGCUGAAUGUGGUGAAGAUCCUGCUGUUAGGUGCAGCAGAGAGUGGAAAAAGCACGCUGGUAAAACAGAUGAAGAUUAUUCACAGUCAUGGUUUCACUGAAGAAGAGCUUAUAAGUUUCAAGCCUGCAGUUCUGGAUAAUCUGCUCAGUUCGAUGAAGUUUGUGCUCCAAGGGAUGGGAGUCCUGCGGAUUAAUCUAACCAACCCCAAGAAUACCAUCCACGCUCAGACAGUCCUGUCCUGCGGCCGCUGUUUUGAUGAGGAUUAUGCACUCUUCCCGUUCAUGGCUCAUGCACUCUGCUGCCUGUGGGUGGACCAGGGAGUGAAACUGGCAGCAUCACGGGGCUACGAGUUUGAGUUGAACGACUCUGCACAUUAUUUUUUUCUAAACAUGAGUCGAAUUACUGCACCUGAAUACAAACCCACACAGAUGGAUUUACUGAGAGUUCGGCUACGGACAACAGGUGUCAUUGAGACUCAGUUCAAAAUAAAUAAUCUGAUAAUCCGGCUGUAUGAUGUGGGAGGCCAACGUACAGAGCGGCGGAAGUGGAUUGGCUGCUUUGAGGAUAUGAGGGCAGUGUUAUUUGUGGCUGCGCUGAGUGGCUACGACAUGAACCUGCUGGAGGAGCCUUCAGUGAAUCGUUUGCAGGAGAGUUUGCGGCUUUUUUCCUCCAUCUGCAAUAACAUAUUCUUCAGGAAUACCUCCAUGAUCUUAUUUCUGAACAAAAUUGAUCUGUUCCAAGAAAAGAUUUUGCACUCGGGGAGGCAUCUCAGACUGUAUUUUGCACAGUUUAGAGGUGCCGAUUGUGAUGUGGAUUCUGCCGCCCGCUACAUUGCCAAUCAGUUCCUGUCACUUAACCGGAGCCCGGCAAAGUUGAUCUACCACCAUUUCACGACUGCCACUGACACUUCCAACAUCCAAGUCGUCUUUCAGGUUGUCAUGGACACCAUUAUAAAAGAGAACCUGCAAGCUGUUUCACUGCUUUAAUCCUUGGGAGAGUUGUCGAGUAGAGUGGAGUGGGGGGGAUGGGGGAGGAGUGCGGUUGGUGAAGUGGGGAGAAACUGUUCACCCACAAAGGUGGUGAGUGCCAGUUGGUGUGGCUUGGGAUUUCAGUACAGGCACCAGUGGAACAUACAGAACCUCACACCCUCCAACUAACCGUCCUACAACCUACUGAUUUGUCACGCUGUUUGAUGCAGAUGUUGAGAUGUCUCAUCCUUGGCAACCCCCUUUGUAUUGAUGGUGAGACUCCAACAUUUCAGUGUUUUAAUAUCAUACCUGCCUGCCAGGGGGAUGAAGGUAAGUUGUAUGAAGGAUAUUUAAAGCUCCACAUCCCUGCCAUACAAGAGGGCACUGUGGAUUAAAUAAUUCUAGAGCAGUCUUGGCAAAAUGAACACAAAAGGCAAGGUCUCUGUCGGCCCAGACAUCUUCCCCCUCGGGCAAACCUCUGGUUCCUGUUUCCACAGCCAGGAUUGGAGCAGCGGUGGGGGUUGUUUGGAGGAUGUUCCCAGUGAAGCUUCAUAAAAUAAGGCAUGGGGGCAAAAUGGAAUCUUCCGCUGUGUCUGUCUGGUCCAAACCUCUCACGCGCGGGCACUUUCUGUGGUGAUGCAUUGUUCUGAAUCAGUAGCGCAAGCCAGCGUGAACAAUUGCAGUCCUGGACGCCUGGAGCCGUGAAUUCUCAUUGAUCCUGACAUGAACUACAGUCAUCUGUCAGUGAUACAGAGCUUUCAAUCUCUUCACCCAUCAAUGUCCCAGUUUUUUGCUGCCUGCAGACCCAUUUUUUUUAAAAGAGAGUUUCAAUUUGUUUAAAGAUUUAUUGAAGUGCUGUGUUUCAGUGUAAUCUGCUGUAUUGUUAAUAUUGAAUGGCAAUUGUUGCACUGAUAUAUGUUCAGAAUAAAGUACAUUUAAUUGUCCUUAAA